AUUGACAUUUGACAAGUUGGUUUUUUCGAAAGAGAAUUUUGAUUUUGAUUUCAAUUCUUACUCAAUUUAUUUCUUAGCUUAAAACUUAAAUAAAAACAUUAGGAAAGCGUUUCGUAUUUAAAUCAAAAUGAAAUUAGCUAUACCUGAAAUAUCUUGGCAUAAUAGAGAUCCAGUUCUUAGUGUAGACUUUCAGCCAAAAUCGGAACAGAAUGAUCCGCUUCGACUUGCUACUGGAGGCACCGAUUCCCACGUAUUAAUAUGGUACAUUACAACCAAAGACUCAGGUUCAGUAAACUUGGAGAUGGCAGCAGAUCUCACAAAGCACCAGAAAGCAGUAAAUGUUGUGAGGUGGUCACCAGAUGGCCAGUACUUGGCAUCAGGAGAUGAUGAGUCCAUCAUAUUUGUAUGGAAACAGAAGACUGAAGAAGCUCCACCAGUUUUGGAAGGUGAAGAGCAGUAUCGUGAGACUUGGGUUAUACAUAAGAUCCUGCGCGGGCACAUGGAAGAUAUCCUAGACCUCAGCUGGAGUCCCUCAUCCACCCAGCUAGCGUCAGGUUCUGUGGACAACAAGCUGCUGCUGUGGGAUGUAGCUCGCGCCCGCCACAUUGCACUGCUCACUGACCACAAGGGCUUUGUGCAGGGGGUCACUUGGGACCCUAAGGGUCAGCUGAUCGCCACAGCCAGCACUGACAGAGUGUUCCGCACGUUCGACGUGUCAACAAAGAAGGUGGUGUCGCGCAGCAGCAAGGCGGUGCUGCCGCUGCCGCCGGCGCACGCUCUGCACGGCGCGCGCGUGCGGCUCUACCACGACGACACGCUGCAGACCUACUACCGCCGCCUGCACUUCAGCCCCGACGGCCUGCUCGUCGCUGUGCCAGCAGGCAGCAUCGAGGCAGAGGCAGGCAAGCCGGAGCUGAAGCCCAUCAACGCUGUCUACAUCUACACCAGACACUCGCUCAAAGUUCCAGCGUGCGUACUGCCGUGCGGCGCGCCCGCGCUUGUGGUGCGCUGGUCGCCGUGCCGGUACGCGGUUCGUCGUAACGGCCCGCCGGCCGCCUUCCCUGUGCCGCACCGCAUGGUGCUGGCGGUCGGCACCAAGCGCUCGCUGCUGGUGUACGACACGCAGCAGCGGACGCCCCUCGCUCUCGUCACCAACAUGCACUACACGAGGCUCACAGACCUGACCUGGUCUCCAGACGGACUGAUCCUCGUAGCUUCCAGCACGGACGGCUUCUGCUCUGUGGUGUCCUUCGCUGAUGGAGAACUUGGAGAAGUCCUUACUGAUGAAGAUGAAAUCAUGGAUCAACCAAUCGACAAAGAAACUACAGACGACGCUAAAGAAACCAAAACCAAAACAGAGUCUAAACAAACUGCUCGGAACAUAUCUAAAAUAGAUUCUUUCAUCAAAUUCAAAACGCCCAGUAGCGCUAAGUCGCCCAAGAAAGCAAAAAUCGAAAACACAGAACAGAAGACGCCUGUGAAAUAUGAUGUUUUGGUUGAAACAGCUAUGCCGUCUUGGUCAGACAAUUCAAGUAAUGAUAUCAUUAAGCCAAAGGAAACUGUACCGAUGGACAUUGACAAGGAUGAAAUCAUGGUCAUAGAAGACAGCGAAGACAUAAAACUCGUUUACGAUGAUUCUGUAACACAAUCAAAUACACAAUCGCCGAAAGAAACUAAAAAGGACAAUAUUUCACCUGAAGAAAGUAAAUCAGAUAUUGAAAGUAAAACUAAAACAAAUGAAAGUUCACUAAAAGAAAAUAAAGUAGAAGAUUUAAAGUCUAUUUCAAAAGAAAAUAAAAGUGAUAAUGAUUCAAAAGAAAUCAAAGGCAAACCAAAUUCAAAAGACUUAAAAAGUGAAGAUGAAUUAAAAGUCACAAAAAAGAUAGAUAAAAAAGAAAGUAAUGACUCCCCUAAAAGAAAAUUGUCUCCGCAACAGUGUGUGACGCCAAGCUCAAAGCAAUCUGAAAGCAAUUUCCUAAAACAAGCUAAAGUGACGGAUAUGAAAACUGUAACGGUUCAGUCCGCGCCCAGCCCUAAAGCACCGAGACGAGUCAGUUUUGUGACCUUAUCGAGUCCUAAAAACAGUAAGAAAAAAUGACUGCUUAUGAAUAUAGUUGUAUGUAUAUUUUAAUAAAACAAUAAUAAAAACAAUUAUUUAAUAAAUACUUAA